CUCGCCAGCUCAAACCUCGCGAGCUCCGUUGCUCUUGUCUCAGCUACAGUCUGAAACAUCGAUCAAACGACUGUGCAUGUGCAAACUUUGAAAGAACAUUCCCGUUCCCCGAGUCCCUGAUCACGAUUAGUCAAAACGUGUGGCUCUGGGGACGAGAAAAAGAGAUCGCCAAAAUGGCGGCGGGAUGAUGUGAAAAGCCAAGUUGUCUUACAAGGCUUAAAAAUUAAUCCCAUCACACCCACUGAUGGAUUUUCAAGCAGAGCCUCGCCAAGUUAGCUUCCUCAGUGAUCAUAACUACUGGAUUUCGUGUGAAUCCCCAAGAGCCAAUGGAUUGAUAUCAGAGCAAAUGCAAGCAUUUGAUGGAAUUAUCCUGGAUUUCAUGAAAGAACAAGAUAUUCCUGGGGCUAGUGUGGCGAUAAGUAGAGGUGAAGAACUGAUAUACUGUCAAGGCUAUGGCUGUGCAGGUGCAGGAAGGAAAGUGCAACCAGAGUUAAUGUUCAGAAUUGCUAGUAUCAGCAAAACAAUUACUGCUGUUGGUGUUAUGAGACUUGUUGAAGAAGGGAAAUUGUCUCUGGAGGAUAAAGUGUUUGGUCCAAAGGGAAUUUUAAAGGAGUACAAUCCCACAGAAAUUGGUGAUAUUCGACUCUUAGACAUCACACUGAAACACUUGCUUCAUCAUUCAGCUGGGUGGGACAGAGACAGGGCUGGGGACCCUGUGUUCUGGAAAGUUGGAAAACAUAUGAAUGUUGCUGAACCUGUGGCACCUUGUGUACUAAUACAGUACAUGAUGGGAAGAAAACUUCAGUUUGCCCCAGGGAGAAGACAUGCCUAUUCCAAUCUUGGUUAUACAGUUUUGGGCCAAGUCAUUGAGAGAGUGACUGGUCAAGGAUAUGAAGAAUUUAUGACGACUCUUUUGGAGGCCGUGGAAAUAAAGCAAAUGAAAAUUGGUAGAACUUGCAAGAAUGAACUCAGUGAUGAGGAGGUGGAAUAUUUUCACAAUCGUCACCCCAGGAUGGUGAGGUCGAUAUUUCCUGACGGCUGUAAAGUACCGCCACAGUACGGAAGGUGGACCAUGGAAGAAGCGGACGCCCACGGGGGUUGGAUCGCCACUGCUUCUGAGCUGUUAAAGUUUCUCCUCUCCUUAGAAUCGGGUGUUAAUGGAAAAAGAAUCAUCUCACACGAAACUUUCCAAAAAAUGCUCGAUAAGCCGUCAUUUGAGAAGGAUACAGAGGAAUGGUACGGAUUUGGUCUCGACAUCCGGGACAAUGGAAGCACUUGGGGUCACAGUGGACAGAUGGAGGGUACCUCAGGUGUUUUGACACGACACUGCGAGGGUUACGCUUGGGCACUGUUGUUCAAUUCUUGGGCUAAAGAUCUCGAUCUUGAUGGACUGGUAAAGUACGCUUUGAGUUGCACUUUAUGUGUAUCAGUGCAGCCAAGUUUUAGCGGUGUAUUUCCAAGCAGUAUCACAACGGAAGAUAAACGACAACUGAUUAAAAUAAUGGUGCCAAAACACGAUUUCUGGCCAUUGUACGAAGAUGUAAAGAGUCGGGGAUUUGAUUUAACAUGGCUAAACGCCUAUAGAUUUGCGAAUGCUUUAUACUUCAAUAUGAUUUUUUUCCAGAACGUUUAUUUAAAUUCAGCCAUAUCUAUUUAUAUUGGACUUACAAAGGAUGCUUGCCGAGAAAGACUGAACAAUCUUGUUGGUCUACGGCCCGUCCAUAUCGAAACUUACGUUGAUAACAACGACCUACUUUACGCUCUGCUGUUAACUUCGAAUGAUGGUAAUGGAGUGUCGUGGACGUUAGAUUUGGAUCUCACCGUGGCUCAGCAUCGAAAAAAUAUGCCUGUGAUGUUUAAAAGUGGUUUUAACCUCACUGUACAGUGCUUGACCGAAUACAAAGGCCGGUUGCAUGUCUCAGUUCUAUACGAAAAGGUCGCGAAUGGCGAAUGCAUUGCAGAAUUUGACUUGAAACCAGAUUAUUACCAGUUUGAAUUUCACAAACAGACAAAGGAGGGAUUGAUGUUAUCUUACGCUAAGGCCUAUCACGUGAAAGGUCAACCUCGAUUUAGUGUGAUUUGGACCAAUGAGAAGGCAGAAAUCAGUGGAACCCGACAUAACGUGUCCAAAUAUGGGUUUUUGUUUGAACUGAGAGAAGCGGCGAAAAAGAACUUUUAUGCUAAGUGUGUAAGCUGUUAUAACAAUGAAGAUGUUCUAAACUUUUUAGCUUCUUGGAACAAAUAAAUCUAAACGUCCAUUUUA